AUGGCCCUGCCUCUGCUGCCCGGCAACAGCUUCAACCAUAAUGUGAGUAGAGAGGGCACCCGAGGUCAGAGGUCCCAGCCAAAGUUUGGGGUCCAGAUGGGAAAAAAGAAAUUCCACAAAUCUCAACACUGGGGCUUUUGCAACAAUGUUAGGAUGCUGGUGAGUGAAGAUAAACCAGGAAUAGGUGGAGAACUGCUUCUCGGACAGAAUACAAAGCCAAAAUACAGUGUAUUUCCUAAAGGAAUGGGAAUUGAAUCACCAUCUUGGGUAGCUUUCGAUAAACAGGUAUUAUCAUUUGAUGCCUAUGUAGAAGAUGAAGUGCCUGAUAAAAGUCAAGAAAACUAUAGAAUAAGAUGCUAUAAAAUCUACUUCUACCUUGAAGAUGACACAGUUGAAGUAAAUGAACCAGUGUUGAAAAAUAGUGGACUGCCUCAAGGAAUUUUUAUCCGGCGUCAUCGGAUUUCUCUCCCACCUCCUAAUGAGGAUCAGUUUUAUACUGUGCAUGACUUUAAUGUCAACACCGACAUUGUCUUUUAUGGUCGAACAUUCAAGAUUUAUGACUGUGAUGCAUUCACAAAAAACUUCUUGACGAAAAUAGGAAUCAAAUUAAAUCCCCCGGGACAAUGUCCGGAAGAUCCUUACAUGAAAACACGGAGAGAGAAGCUAGACUGCAUGGAGCCCUUACGUCCCUAUGAGCCCUUCGACACUCUGAAACAGUUCCUCGAGUAUGAUAAGAAGGUCUUGCGUUUUUUCUGUGUGUGGGACGACUCAGGCUCAGUGUUUGGGGAUCGUAGAGAACUCAUCCUGCAUUACUUUCUGUCUGAUGAUACCAUCGAGAUCAAAGAAGUCUUGCCACAUAACUCAGGAAGAGAUUUUACGUCAUUGUUUCUCCAGAGGAGAAAGCUACCUAAGUAUGGCCCCCCUGGAGUCUAUCAACCAGGCCAGUUAACAGACCAGACAGUUCUCAAUAUGUAUGGUGGCUACUCAGAGACCCGAGCGUAUGGCUACCUGUUGGAUAAAUAUAACCUAGGAAAACUAGACCAAGAGUUUUACAAAGAUACUGACCUAUCCAUAGGAACCACCAUCAAUGUGUGGGGAAGGAAAGUGCUCCUUUGUGACUGUGAUGAUUUCACGAAAACUUAUUAUAGGACUAAAUAUGGAAUUGAGAACUUUACCUCGAUUCCAUGCAAGGCCCCACCUCCUCCAAAAAUAGAAAGGAAAUUUCCACCUUAUACCGGCUUCGGUUCUGAAGAGGAUUCUCUUCGCUCCUGCAUAGGCAUUAUGCCCACACCUCCUCAGAGGAACUUCAAGAAGUUCAUGGAAUUUGACAGCUAUGGCAACAUAAGCAAUAUACUCCGAUUUUUUGCAAAACUAAUCACACACAAAUGUGCUGAUGUGGAAAGGAUGUUUGUUAUUUCAUAUUUUCUCCAUGAUGACACAAUUUCAGUGUUUGAACCCAUAGAGAGGAAUUCAGGGUAUCCUGGAGGGAUGUUCUUAAAAAGAGGUCGUGUUAAGAAGCCUGGGCAAGAAGUCUUUAAAAGUGAAUUCUCGGAAUAUAUCAAGGCUGAGGAGCUGUAUGUUGGAGCCAAAGUGGACGUGAAUGGCUACCUCUUUCUUUUGGUCAAUGCUGAUGAGUAUACCUUGAACUACAUGGAGAGGCAUUCAGAUAAGUUUCCCCUGAGCAACAUUGAACUUAUCGUACAAAAGUUAAAAGAAGAAGAAUGCAAAUCCAGAGAGCUCAAGCAGGUGUUUACAGCUGCUGACUGUAUGCACACAAAGAUGGUGGAUUUUAAUACAUUCAGAGAAAUAAUGAUGACUCUAACUGUCGGGAAACUCACGGACCAAGAAGUUAUAACCAUUGCACGUCGUUACCGGGUGCCUGAGGACCUGUGUCCACAUAGGAAUGUCCUAGUUGCACAGGCCCAUGAACAACUCAAGAAAAAUGGUUUUGAGAAUUUUGAGAGACUCGUUGCUAUGUGUAUAUACCAAGAUCGGGAAAAGAAAAAAGUGUUACCCAGCAAAGACAUCAAAAGGCUGUGCAAGUCCUCCAGAUUACCUUUGAAUGAAGAUCUUCUAGAAUCCUUACUCUCCAGGUUUGAAGACAGUGAAAAACAAAUAAAUUAUGAGUCAUUUUUCUGUGCCCUGAACUGGAGAGUGAAUCCAGUGCCUGAAUUGGAAGUGGUAUCGUACAUUAAAGAGAGAUGUGAAGAUGAGUGGCUUGGGAUGCCAUCACCUAUUCCUGUGAAACGCAUUUACUAUUUAAACCUUUUAAAGGAUGUGUUUGGCUUAGAAGAGUAG